ACCGCAGCCAGGAGGCAGCUCGAAUGUUUUCAGUUUAAACUCCACUAGUCAGUCAGCUGCGAUACAGCUUAUAGAGCAAAUGGGAAUAAUAACUUGUGCUGUUUUUCUUUUCACCUGCUUACUGGGUACCAGUUUGCAGGCAGAAAAUUUUGAACGACUUAGUGGGGCCCUGUGCUCCGGCGGCCCCGGGCUGUGGCCGGUGCCCGCGGACUGCAGAGGCUUCGUCCUCUGUGUGGCCGACUCUGCGCCCUCCAAUGCGACUGCAGGUCGGCUGCUACGCUGCCCGCCUGGCACCGCCUUCUCUGCACAGCUGCGGACCUGCGUACCUGCCUCAGAGGUAGCGGGCUGUGCAGAGCAAGCUGAUGAGAACAACACCGAUCCCGUCCACAUUCAUGUCCCUUCAAGGCAGCGUCGUGCUGAAGGAGUAGACCUGGCUGGGGCAGAGGAAGACUGUGAUGCUGGAAUCGUGGGACCAACCUGUGCUGACUGCAGCCGGCUGGUAAUCUGCGCACAACUCAAUGGCCGCAUCAUCCCCGUUGGCAGUGUAUCCUGUCCCUCUUUAGGAGGCGGAAAUACCUGUUCUACCCAGCAAAAUAGUUGCGUGCCGGAUGGCCCAGCAUGCGAAGUGGAUCCAGCACCACUGCCAUUCCGCUGCCUGGAACCUGGCAUCUUCCCAGAUCCUGAGGACUGCAUACACUACCACCUGUGUGGCACUGAUCUUGGACACAUCUCUGACAAAUGUGAUGAGCGCUAUGACCCGGAGAGCAAGAGCUGCAUGGACAGUCCUGCGACUAAAGAACCAACCACUCCUACCUCUUGCGGAGCAGCUGUGGACUGCAGCAGCAAACUGGGCGCUGUGCACGCACUGGCCCAUGCACCUGCCUACUAUGCAGUCUGCUUGCCUUCAUUAGCACCUGCCAAGGAUGGCACAAAGCCUGAGAUAACCAAUCACAUAUCAGUUCUGAGCUGCCCAGAGGGACAGCUCUUCGAUGAUAAACUCAAGAAGUGCAGACCCAGGUAUAUGUGGUCAUUGAGCUGUGGGAGCCGUCGUGGUCGGAUGCCUGUGGAGGGUGACUGCCGAGCUUACAUCGAGUGCACUGGUGAUCGCGCACAACCCCGUCGCCUGAUGUGUGGACCAGGACUUGCCUUCCACGCUGUUCGCCGCAUGUGUCUGCCAGAGUCUCAAGUGCCAGGCUGUUCUCAACAGGAGAGCGUCACAAGCCCUCCUCAUGUAAACCCUCCAGCUACCACAGCAACUUCGCAAACGAAACAGGUGGCAUCAUCUCCAGUUCAAGCAACAUCAGUGACAUCAGCUGUCACCAACACUCAUGCACCACAGCAUCCAUUCUGCAUCACUGAGGGCCGGUUUAUAGACCAUUCAAAUUGCAGGAGGUAUGUGCACUGCUGGCGGGCCUGGGGUGGAGCUCUGACUAUGGCUUUGAGGUGGUGCCCACUGUUCACAUACUUUGAUCCAACAGCCUCAGCCUGCCGUAUUGGCUUUUGCUGAGAGAUGCUUUGUAGCUUCAGUAUUUUAUUACACUGAUAGCACUGAAGGAGAACACAUUUGAUACUUUGUUGGAUAUAAAAACAAUCACCAAAAAAACAAAAAUGUAACAAUUUAAAAUCUAUAGGUAACAAUAUAUUAUGUAUCACUAUAAAAAUGACACAGCAAAAUUAAAAUGUGUCUCAUAAUGAGGUACUGUGCACAGUAUAUUUAGGAGUCACUGCCAUAAAUCUUCGAUGUGCUUUCAAUUUCAAUACAUUUUUUUGUUCAGCUUCAUUUAUUGACAAAGGCACACAUGAAUAUAAUUUUUUUUCAAAAGUUACGUUCUGUAAACCAAUAAAAAUAAAAAGUAAAAACCUACACACUAAAACAAAGAGAAGGGGAAAGAAAAAAGAAUUGAUAUAAAUGAAUAAAAGUACCACACAGUCUUCCAAAAGUCUGAUUGUUGCUUGUCUUUAGUUUAUUUUUCUGGUGCUGAUUUCGAUUUGGAGAGUUGUAAAAUCUUUCUGUUCUUGUAGGUGUUUAUACACAGUAGAGAAUACAUAUCUGUGUGCCCUUUGUAUGCUAUUAAGAAUUGCCUGUGACAGCCACUGAGCACAACAAUAGAUGAACUGUAUCUUAAAUCAGUGUUAUAAUCAUAAAUCAUCAGGAUCAUUUUGACUGGAGAAAAUGCUUGUCUUUUGCUCCAUUAUAAAAUUCCUCCAAGUUAAAGCUGAAAAACAAGUUUUGACUAGAUGAUCUCCUUUAUCAUACAUACACAUUCUCUAGAUGAAUCCAUGAAUGACAGCAAAUAUUCAAGUUAAUGAAAAACUGGACUUAAUUGCUAACGGCUGUAUAUGCUAUCACUGUAGAAGUUGUAUUAAGCUGGGAGUCCACUAUAAAUGUUCUCCUGUAGCAAUAAUUACAUAACUCAUCUGGUUAACAGCACCCUGUGAAUGACAUGCAUGUAAUGCUUCAUAAUUAUAAUUACAUUUAGCAGUAAAUUAUGAAACUGGGUUCUCUAAAUUAGCUUUCACUCAUGUUAACACUAUUCUCAGAUACAUAGAUGUAGUCCUUGCUCAUUAUGAGUGUAAUAAACAAACCAAUUUUGCCACAAA